AUGAGUCCUGGUGGAAGUACUACAAAUAUUAGCCACGGCUUUUUCUCUACCAUUCCGUGGUCAGUGUUCCAAGAUACGGACGCUGUCAAAGGUGCUGCUACCAACAGCAAAAGCGACGGAUGCAAGAAACAAUUAAAAACAGACAAGAAAAUCAAGGUUUAUUUCUCUAAACUGAUGACAUAUACGUGCAAAUUUACGAAAAGCCAACAACCAAACGAUUCUAAAUAUUUGACAAGGAUAAUAUUCUCACUGGUGGGCAUUCUAGCCACUCUACGAUGGAUUUAUAGUUGGGGAAGCGUCGAAACAUCCGUACCAAACGAUAUCUGCAACGCACCGUCAUCCGAGCCCGUGUGUCCAUGGAAACACGUUUUCUCAGACCUGGCCCAGAGACUACACCUGAUCGAGAUGGCCUUCAAAGACCAAGUAGUCGCCCAUAGACGGCUUACUUUUUUAAAUGCUGACAACUCACAAUUUUUAAAAUCUAUCUAUCUAUCUAUCUAUCUAUCUAUCUAUCUAUCUAUAUAUCUAUCUAUCUAUUACAGUUAUUAA